UAGACGAAAGCGAGCAGAAUAGACAAGCAUCCACCAGAUGGCGAUUGCAUCUGAAUGUGAUCACCAACUUAUAAAGUACGUUGCGAGGUUGUGAGCUUAUCGUAUUAUUCCACAUGUUGAUCAGUUGAAACAGGAAAUAAUACACACGCAUAUUUUUGCGGAUCACCACCGCUGUUUGGUACGUGCUAUUUGCAGACCAUCGAUCCGACGUCCAUCUUUCUCCUUUCGCGAAGUUCGUCGGCCGCGGAUUCGCGGACGGCCGAUCUGCAACACAACUUCCUGCGCUCUCCCUGAGAGACAGCCGUCGUUACGUCACUUCGUCAUCGACAGUCAUCGAUAGACGUUGGAAUACGACCGCAGUGGAGUCAGCUUGUGCGCUUGCUCUCCUGUUGUGUUGUAUACGUGUUGUAUUUAUAAACGCGCGUCCACUGUUUUAAACUACGAACUAUUAAGUCGUAAAAGUCGUGAUUGGCGACGUCCUGUGAUUAACAAAUCGCGCUCGGAGUCAUACUCGGCAUCAAGACCGAAUCCGUUCGCCCUCGCACGUCACGUUCGAACGCCGUGCGCCACUUUGCGUUCAACGUUUGCUGGAGUAUAACCUAAUCUAAAAACUAUCGUGAAUGAUAGUUUCUACGGUUCGCGUGAUCUUUUCUUCCUUCUCUUUCUCUUUCUCCGUCGCUUAUUAAUUAGUCUCGCGAAUUCGCGAGAAAUCAUUUGAAAGCAUCGCGUAAACGCAGUACGCGGCUGUACUUGUCUCGCUCUCUCUCUCUCUCUCUCUGUCAUCAGUGGACGAGAAAACGGAUUUUUUUCGAUAUAGAGCGGUUACUGUGAAACUAGUCAAAAUUCCGGUCCCUACUAGGAAACGAGAGAGCCCCCAACAAACCGGCGGCAGAAAUCCACCAGCUACUGGCGACGAACCGUCAAGCAGGAUGAAUAGCAAGAGGAAAAAUCGUUCCAACAAUAACAGGUACUGCCAAUCUCUUGGCUUUCCUCGUCAAGAUCAUAAUGGCAGGUCUCCACGAGCACGUAACCCACAGGAGAGAUGUGUUGUGACCGAUGGGGUCUACAAUAACGGUCAUUUUAUGCAUGCAGUUGCUAGUAAUGUUGGCAACAUAGUACAGGUUCAUACGCAAAAUAAGGCAGUAUAUGAGGGUAUAUUUAAAACAUAUUCUAGCGUGUUUGAUACAGUAAUAGAAAUGGCUCACAAAACAGACAACUCGGACCAGAUCAAAGUGGAAACUGUAGUAGAAAAAUUAAUAUUUAAACCACAACAAGUUGUUGACAUGCAUUUCAAAGAUGUUGAUUUAGAAUAUGCAAUAAGAGAUACUUUCCAAACGGAUACAGCCAUUAGUAAAUUUAAUGGUAUAAUUGCUGAAAAAGAGCUUGAACCUUGGGAUGCACCCACCACAAUGAACGGUGCUGAUUUAGAAUUAGAUGGCGCUGCUAAUGGUUGGGACGUUAAUGAGAUGUUCCGUAAGAACGAGCAAGAUUACGGAGUACAAACAACAUUUGAGCCUUCCUUAGUUGGUUAUACUCUGCAGCUUCAACGUAAAGACACAAAAGAUUAUAAGGAACAAGAACAAAAGGCUGCUGAGAUAGCAAACGAAAUCGAAUCUCAACCUAACCAUAAAGCGAGAUUAGAAUUAGAAAAUGGUGAUGAAGAAGAACGAUUUGCAGCUGUGGCAAGACCUACUGAAGGCAAAUAUAUUCCACCGCCACUAAAAAAGAAGAAUGGUAACACUAGCAAAUUGAUGAGAUCCAAUGACACUCCAUCUUCACCAGGAACUACAAGCAAAAAUGUCUACAGUCAACAGUCUCCGUCCACAAUUAAUGUAAAUGUUCCACAAUCUAAUAUACCAGUUGGAGUGCAACCUACUCAUACCUCGGUGCAACAUCCAGUCUCUUUAAAUAUGGGAUUGCCACCUAAUGGAAUGGUCACAUAUAAUAAUCCACCGCAGCCGUUUGUGCCUCCGCCAACUACACAAUCGCAGCAAGUAAUCCAACCGAAUCAACCGCAAACUCAAGGUACUCCUUCAAUGCCGCAAGUAGGCUUUCCACCGCAGCAGCAGCAAACGUCUUCAAAUAAAUUAAAUACGGAUAAACGCGAACGACCCGGCAGGCAGCAGGUUUAUCAAGCUGACAAAGCGCCACCAGCGCCAUUUCCUCAAUCAAAUGCUGCAUCUUCUCAUCAGCAGCAACAAUCUUCGCACCAACAACAUACAUCAUUACCGCAACAGAAUUCCGUAGAAGGGCAAAUAGUCAUACACAAAUCAGAUCACAGAAAGGUCCCGACGCCACGCGGAAGAGAUGAGCAGCACACAGAAUUACGACAGUUUGCCGCGGAAUUUAAAUUAACAGAAUCGCAAGGACUGUCAGAUACACCUCAAAUUCCCAGAAAGCUGCAGCAUCAGCAUCAGCAGGAUGUGCAUUCCGCCUCUCCCAUGAAUCAGUCACAUCAUCAAACUUCUCAUCAGCAUACAAGUCCGCAGCAGCAACCGCAACAACCAGCAUCGCAACAGCAUAAUAGUCAUCAAAAUGUACCGGAGGAACCUGCUAUCACCAGUAAGCCGCCAUCUGGUUCAUUAGCAGUAAGAUCCACGAGUCCGCCUCAGCAGCAGCAGCAGCAGCAGCAGCAGCAACAGCAGCAGCAACAACAACCACCACCACCUCCGCCGCCACAACAACAGCAGCAACAGCAACAACAACAACAACAAGCGCAAAAUACCCCGACAGUACAACAAUCCCCGCCGGAACCUACGGUCGAUAAAAUAACUACUGCUUUCAAGAAGUCUACGUUAAAUCCAAAUGCUAAAGAAUUUAAUCCAAAUGCCAAACCAUUUACACCACGCUCUCCUAGCACCCCAACACCUAGUCGGCCACACACACCUCAGACGCCUCAGUAUAAACAUUGUAUAACGUACGACGUCUUGUUUCUUACAGUGCCUAUGAUGCAACAUCGUGCACCAGACAUAGCGUCGCAGAUGCAAGUGGCCGCCGCAACGGGACAACCAUUACUAGCUCCAGCGAUUCAUCCUCCCUUCCAGGUGCCUUAUCCCGGACAACCGUAUCAGCAAAUGGCAGUACGCAUGGUUCAGGGACCGCCGCCGCCGCCGCACAUGGCCACGCCGUAUCAUCAUCAUCACGACUCGCAGGGGCCGCAAGCCCCCGGUAUACAAUAUAUGGGCCCGCACACUCAUCCACAUCCACAUGUAGCUCAACAACCACCUAGCCAAACACCGUCCCCAGCCAACCCCAAUCAGCCACACACACCGGGCGCCUACAAUCCACCCGGCACUCCACAGCCCACAUAUCCGCAACCACCGCCCCAAGGUCACGCCCCGAGUUACCCGAUAAUGUGUCCUAUAAUUCCACCUCACCUACCACUUCCACCGCAACAUAUGCAAUACCUGCCACCGCAGCCGCCACCGGGCGCGCAGCAAACUAUACCAGUCAUUCUACCGCACAAUCAGUAGUCGCGACACAAAAAAGUCAAGGGAAAAAAAAGAGUGCUAGUAUUCUGCAAAAAAUAGAAUAAGAUCUCCAAAAUCAAGUUACUUUCACGAUAAUACUGAUUGAUUACUUCAGAACGAGCACUUGUUUCCACUACAAACUUUUAAUUUUUAACAAUUGUACUCAAUAAACACUGUAAAUUGAGCGCGUCAGCUGUUAAGCGAAUUGAGCUUUCCACGUUGAUGAAACGGUUGAAACAGUUAUCUUGCAUAUUUUAUUGCAACGAAAAAAAAUGGAAGAACAAUAUUCUUUAAUCAAACGAUACAACACAGUAUUCUGAAUGUCGUUUCCAAAUAAUUUUAAAUAAUCGAAGAACUAUUCUUCUACUAUCUUGAAAGUAACUUCUUCAAAUGUAGGUCGAUUGUCGCUUAAUGACCUAUACAUGUAUUACCGAGUCCCUGAAAACCUUUCAUCGUUGAUUAUUUCAAUCAAGUUUUAAAAUUACAAAAAAGAAUCGUUCGUCAUUAUAUAAUUCCGCAAAAUUUCCACGAGUUUACUUUUAUCAAAUUAAUGUGUUAGGGGAUUUAAAUAUAUAUUUUUUUUGAUAUCAUGCAUUUUUAUUGAGUAGUGCCUAACGUAAUGAGGAUAAGGACCGCUCGUUUAAUAGGCGUAUUUUAAAUUCAUAAAUUUCGAUUUUUUCGUACAAACAUAGCUUGCACUACUUCAUAAAAUAAUUAAACUAAGAUUCAGCCGAAAAUUGCAAACGUCUUAUCCUCUCCCUUUACUCCUUCAUUGAUUUUUUUCUUAUUUAAACGCUCAACUUUCCAACAAAAAAGUAUGCUAUAUAAUACCAAAAUUCAUAUAAAAGCUAAAAUUGUUGAUAUAUGUGAAAGUACGUAUUCUGCUCUUAUUUAAUUUCGAUUUUUAUUAAAAACUAAUAAGAAGAGAAAUUUUUUAUUUGCGUAAUAGAUUUCACUUUUCCGCAUGAAUUUUGAUGUAGCUACAUAAUAUAUUUUUCUGAUUGGUUCGAUAUUAAUCACUCUUGCAAAAAAAUCUCGAAGGGAAAGAAGAGAGGAUAGGACGAUUGCAAUUUUUUCGAAUCUGACCUGAACGAAAUGAGCGAUAAUUGACAAAGUUGGAGUGCAGGGUAUCAGCAGAAUGUGCUAUUCUGCGAUUUGUUGAUGAGUUUUGUUACGAGACGUUGAUAUACGCAGGAUAUAUUCGAAUGCGAAAGACUACACCGAGUAUGCGUAUAGAUGCAACAUCUGCACAAAAAAUAAAUUGUGUUAAAUGUUAGCAAUACGAACAUUAAGCAUCCGAGAGAGGUACAUAAUUUGCAUAUCGAAUAUUAUAUAAAUUUAAAAAAAAGGUGUCUGUUUCAAUAAAUUCCACACUACUGCUUGUA